GUGCGUGGCGCGGACGGUAGAACUGGUCUGAUCUGCUUUGAGGGGUGUCUCACAUCAGCUUCGACAGAGAUGCUACACGCGUCUUAGUGUAUUUUGUGCCCCUUUAGUUUUCUUUUUUUUUGUAUUCGUACACAUCUUGUAUUAGAUGGGUCACGGCGUGGUCGGCAACAGAUGGAAUACCACCGGCUCGACCUUGUUGAGCAGAAAAUCGAGUCUUUAGAGGGUCUUGCCGAGCGAUCGCAGGAACACUUCUUAUUGAUCAAUCUGCAGCGCAACAAGCUGACUAAUUUUGAGCACUUUGGCACACAUUCUUACCUUUCUGAGUUGCUACUGCAGCGCAACAAAAUAGAAUCUUUUCGUGGACUUACCAAGCAAGCAUCUCUCCGAUUGUUAUGCUUGCAAGGAUGCCCCGUUGCUGCGCAUCCGUAUUACCGGCUAAUGGCUCUCCUCACCAUCGGUCUGAGCAUUGAGGCAAUAGAUGGCUUGCCAAUCACUUCGCAGGAGCGGCACAUCGCCAAGUCGCUGGGCAAGCGCGCUGCCCUGGCCGUGAGUCACGGGUGGCUGCUCGACCUCCGCCCGCGCACCGUGGACGAAUACGACGCGCUCAUCAACGACUGUAAGCGACUUCGCAAAGACGAAUAUCGGCAAACGCACGGUCUGCGUCGCAUCAGUAUAGACUCCGUGCUGAUGGACCUCAAUAGCGGGCAGCUGUCGCGAAGCUACGACGCCACGGUUGAUCGGCAACUAGAGGAGCGCCAGCGCACCAUCACGCGUCUGGCUCGCCGAGUUGCCCAACUCGAAGGACAGCUGUCUGAUUCUGCAGAGGGGCACGUGGUGCCGAUGCUUCCGCCCAACCAGCUUGAAGUGACGUCCUUCAACGGCACCUUUUCUACGUCUGGGGGUCUCUUCUCUGCCGCGGAACUUGCGCAAGUGGACACCGUGUGCUUUUUGCGUGGCGUCCAAAUGCGCCACAACUUUUCCACAACGAAAGGCGGAUUGCAGCGGGUGUGCCUGCAGCUCGACCACGCCACGCUCACGGCGCAAGCCUUUCUCGCCCGUGAGACCCUCGUGCAGAUGCCUCUGCGCACGUUGCGGGUGCGGCACUUGCGGCCCUUGACAUUGGUGGUGGAGGAUGAGGUGGGCGGUGCUCUAGGAUUAGUGUUCGAGAACCUUCCCCUCUUGCACACGGUGUACAAGGCACUUUUUGUGUUGUCCGCACGACCCAUUCCGCCGCUCUCCGCCUUGACACAGCGACAGUUGCAAGAGAUUGCACACGCUGCCGAGAGGCGACCCAAAGCCGCCGCAGCGAUCACGUUCCCUGUUGCGGCGGAGGCCGAGGCGAGCCCCUCUCGUGCCAGCUCCCCCGACGAGAAGCAGCCGUCGGGGGUCAGAGAGGCUGCGGUGGCUUCGGACGGCAGCACCUCCCAGAGGCCAACGCAAAACCUCGCUUCCUCGCCUGCGUCGGUGAAGCUGGACAAUGUCGAGGACGUCCCUCCUUUGCCGGCGGCAUUCUCGCACCUCAGCGCCACCGGCGGCACCGACUCGGUCGUCUUCUCGGUCGACGGAGUCCGUCCCAGCACGGCGGAGGAUGCUGCGCAGUCGACCUCCAACAUCGUGUUCCAUUCGGUCGCGCUGCCGAACGCGGAGAGCAACGAGGUCAGCGCGGACGCAGCGAAGCCCGUAGAAAUUGCGAAGACGGCGUCUAGCCAGAAGAGUAAACUGUUUGCCAAUCUUAUGGUGAACAGCUCCGCGAGCUCCGACUCCGUCGUGUUCCAAACCAACGAUGCCAAGUCCGACGCGGAGGGCAGCAUCACUGUGGCGAAGGCAAAGGUGCAGGAGGUGCCACCUUCUACCACAGCCGCUGCCCAUCCUAUGGUUCCCCCUUCGAAGGCGCCACUGGCCCCACGUCCCGCCGUCGCGGUACCGCCACGUCCCCCGCGGCGGAAGAGUCAAGUGAGCGCACCGGCGAUCUCCUCCGCGGCUUUGACAACGCAACGCAAUGCAGCAGGGCCGCCGCCUCUUCCAACAGCCCCUCCACGGCCACUGUCAACGCGAUCCACGGAGAAGAGUUCUCUCAACUCGUCCACCGUGCGCGGCGGCAAGUCGCACCGCGGUUUAGGUGAGAGCAGCAUCGCGUUUCACGUGACUGACGCGGCAGAAGAAAAGCAGAAAAAGGAGAUGGGAGGCGCGGCAAAUGAUACGAAGACCGACGCUGUCAGUGCCACGCCGAUCGCGGCCGCCGAAGUGGCGCGCCCACGCAUUCCAUCCCGCUUCGGCGCCUUGCAGAUCGACUCAGACUCGGACUCCAACUAA